AUGCAUCUUCAUCUGUCCAAGAUCAUAUCUCCGGAUCAUAUAACUGAAAUUUCGCUGACCUCGGGUCAGGAAAAAUUGAGCAUCCUCCAAAAUAUAGCCCACUUAUAUGAAAAAGCAUGUGAUGCGGAAGAUGAAUCAGUAAAAGCUAAUCAGGCCGAAAUUUUAUGCUGGAGUAGUUUUAUUAUAGUACUUGACAAAAGUCUUGAUGAAAUCAUGAAUAGAGAUAAAGUGAGUAUGAAAAAAAUUAAAAGUCAAGUUUACGAUUUUAUUAUUACACAAAAUCCUGGCAUUAGGCGUGAAUCACUAUAUAAGAAAAUUGAAAGAGCUAGAAAAAUUUUCAGGUUAUUCGAAAAGAUAGGUUUAGAUAAGGUCAAAUAUAUUAAAUCAUAUAGUGCGAAUGCUAUUUCAAAAUUUACUAAUUCUCAGAUUCAAACGAUUAUAGAUCACUUCACCAAAAGACCUGAUAUAGAAUACACCGAUGAUCAGGACAAUUCUUCAGAUGAUUUACCUGAAACUGAGGUAAGCGUUACAUCUAUCCCCUCUAUCCCAUUAACUCAUACCUCUAGCCACCCUGUGACUGCCUCUGGCAAUUCAGAAGAUGCGGUAAAUGAAGACGUUAAAUCUUUACCGGAGACAGAGGUAGAUAUAACUAUCGAAUCUCAAAUUCCCGAUUCAUCAGAAGCCGAGAUACAGGUAAGUGCACCCGAUGUCUCACGGAGUGAGAGCACUAACGUGCCUGAAGAUUCCAACUAUGAUGGUGAUGAUUUCUUCAAUAACAACGAAGAUGAUGACAACGAUGAUGGGAGCUUCUGUGGUUUUCUGAUGAUGACGAUGAAGGUUAUUAUUACGAUCUAA